AUGGGUGGCGUGGGGAGCGACGCACUGCCCUCGACGGAUGCCUUGCCGAAGGUCUUACUGGAGAACCAGGUCACCAGCACCAACGUGGUGGUGGACGUGUUGCAGAACGAUUACGACGACUGCUUUCGUUCCUACAGCGUGCGUCAGCGCAACGCGUUCGGGAGAGACUCACUGACCCUGCUGCGCCUUUUGUCGGUCAACGAAAUCAUGCUUCUGGUGCUACUCGUUGUUUUGGCUGUGCCUUCCCUACCACGCUUUGCAGGCCCUCUGCAAAGCGUGAAAGAUGCCUCUUUUGCGUCUGACGACAUCCGCAACACCAGCGGCCCUAUAGUUCCUCUGUUGAUGGAAAAUCGGAGACCGACUGCGUCGUCGCCGCGUCUGAUUCUCAUGGUAUUAUGUUGUGUAGUGUCAGUGUGGCGCAUUGUUGCCGGCUUACGGCGUGCGCACACAGAGGAAGUGAUGGUGAUUCGUGGACUUGGCAUGCAGCUUACUACUUACAACGCGUUCGGGUGGAUUCUGUCACAGCGAUUUGUAGAGCUUAAACUUAUUCGCUCCCUUAUCAUUCAUGAUGCCUUCUUCCGAUUUCAAGCCAUCUUCUUCCUCUCCGUGACGGUAGAGAACGAAGCGACGCGCUUGGUGCUCUUUGAGGAGACACUGCCUCGACUGGCGGUGCUGCGUCGUGUUCUCUGUGGCUUGAGGCAUAUUCUCUACGAGGAACCUGAGGAGGGGAAGACGCUGGCCGAGAUGGAAGAGAAGUUGUCACACCCCCUUGAGGACACCGAGGACUCCGACUCCAAGGGCACGGAUGAGGAUAGUGAUGCUACCGAGCAUGUGAAUGGCGACUCUUUUUCGACUACAACCUUACAGUUGGGAGUGCGGAGCCCCUAUGACGCAACUUUGGUGGACAGCCUUGACACCGUGUGUGGAGGAACUGAUCUGGCAAAUAUAUGA